CCAAAAUCCCUAAUUCCUCUUCACUGUCGGUCUGUUUCUUUUUUUCAUUUUUUAUUUUUAUUUUUUGCUGAGCAAUCUUCAGCUCCUUCCCUGUCCCCUCAUUUCCUCUGUGAAUCUUUCACAGAGAUAUUAUUAGAUUAUUAUUAUUAGUUUUGUGUUGCAUUUGUUUUUAUACAAUUUGUAUGGCUAAGGAUAAUCCUCUUCUUGAAGAUCCUUCAACGACCAAUAUACAUAAUGAUACUACAGCACCUCAACCGACUAAAUUGGAUCUUGAUCCAUUAAAGAAAGUGGCUGGUAAAUAUUUGAAGCGUGAGAUCCUUGGUGAAGGUACUUAUGGAGUAGUCUACAAAGCCAUUAAUAAAGAGACAGGACAGACAGUGGCAAUUAAGAAAAUCCGGCUUGGGAAGCAAAAGGAAGGGGUAAACUUUACAGCACUCAGAGAAAUUAAACUACUAAGAGAGCUCAAAGAUCCAAAUAUUAUUGAGUUGAUAGAUGCCUACCCCCACAAGGGGAACUUGCAUCUUGUGUUUGAGUUUAUGGAGACAGACCUUGAGGCUGUCAUACGUGAUAGGAAUUUAUUCCUUUCACCAGCUGAUAUAAAAUCAUACCUUCAGAUGACACUAAAAGGACUUUCUUAUUGCCACAAGAAGUGGGUACUACACAGGGACAUGAAACCCAAUAAUUUGUUGAUAGGACCUAAUGGACAGCUUAAACUUGCAGAUUUUGGUUUAGCACGAUUAUUUGGUAGCCCAGAUCGCAGGUUUACUCACCAGGUCUUUGCUCGAUGGUACAGAGCACCAGAGCUAUUAUUUGGCACCAAGCAAUAUGGUUCUGGUGUGGACGUUUGGGCUGCAGCUUGUAUUUUUGCUGAACUUCUCCUACGUCGACCUUUUCUGCAGGGCUCUAGUGAUAUUGAUCAAUUAGGAAAAGUAUUUGCUGCUUUUGGGACUCCAACAGCUUCUCAGUGGCCUGAUAUGGUUUACCUUCCUGAUUAUGUGGAGUACCAAUAUGUUCCUGCACCCCCUUUACGUUCGUUGUUUCCCAUGGCUAGUGAUGAUGCUAUUGAUCUGAUAGCAAAGAUGUUCACUUAUGAUCCAAAAGCUAGAAUAUCUGUGCUGCAGGCAUUAGAGCACAGGUACUUUUCAUCUGCACCUUUGCCUACAAUUCCAAAUAAGCUCCCUAGACCUGUUCCAAAGCAGGAACAUCUCAAUUCUAGGGUUUCUGAUUUUAAUCCACAUGAGGGUCCUACUGUAUUGUCACCUCCCCGGAAGUCAAGAAGAAUAAUGCCAGAACGUGGAGGUUUUGAAGGUAAUGCAUUCCAGGUUGAUAAAAAUGAUGAUCAUGUUAGUGCAAUCAGACAGGCAGCUGGUGAGAAUACGGGAAGGAAUGGACCAGCCAUGAUGUCAGUGGACUUUUCAAUAUUUGGAACAAAACCCCCAAAUAGACCUACAAUUAACAGCGCGGAUAGAACGCAUCUGAAAAGGAAACUAGACCUUGAGUUUCAACAACCUGAAUGAGAACUUGUGCAUUGAGAUUGAGAAAUGCUGUAAAUGUUCUAUAUUUGCAUGCAAGAGCUUUUUAUAGGCUUGAUUUUAUGCGAGUUAAGAAGGCGGAAGCUAUGUUUAUUGGAGUUCAAGAUGACUGCAAUGCAGAGAGUACAUUUUGUUUUGCGGUCUCAAAGGAGAAUUUUUACCUUGGCACAUAUAAGGGAAAAAAAUUUGCAUUUUUUUAUUUUUUAUUUAUUUUUAUUUACCUGAUAGCUCUUAUUCUUUGUUAAAUUGUUAUUAAGAUUAAUUUGUUGAAGAAUUAGAUUAUUGUCAGAGUAAUGAAGUCAUUGAAGUGGCUACACUUGAUUAUUUUAAUGAUCAAUUAUACUGUGUCUAUUCGCCUAAUACUGAGAAGUAAACUUUAACCCAA